AUUCAAGAUAUAGUGAAGAAGUUUGGUAAGCUAACUGAACUGAAGAGCAAUAGCUGGAAGAAGCCGGAGAUUCAGAUACAAGCCAAAAUGCAGAAGAAAAAGAUCUGUGUCACCAAGCCUGUUACAGCAAAAACAUCAGCACCGAAGCCAAAGCCAGGAGGAGGCAUUAGAGCACACAUUUUGGCAGCUCGACAGAAAAUGAUAGCCGAGAGAAAAGAAAGCAAACCAGUGGUCAAUGGGAAACCAGUUCAUCCUGAGGUCAGAUGUGUAGUCACUGAAGUUGAAUCUACCAAGGAAAAUAACAAUGUUCGUCAGCAGAAUGCAAGAAGUAAGAAAACCAAAACUCCAGUGAAAAUGAUCAUGCAAAAGGAUGAUGGGGACAAAGAAAAUGCUUCAACUAGUAGUCCUGAGAAAACGGUCUUUGAUGCUGGUUUCUUCAGAGUCGAGACACCCGUCAAGAAGGCCUCUCUGACUACACCACCUUUUGAUGAAAGAACUAUUACGCCAGUCAAAUCAGAGCAGAAAUUGUUGUCCUCUGCUGUUCUACGAGAACGUAUUGCCAACUCACCGAAGGUGCAUAAAGAUUACUCUCCAUGCAUGCGAAUCACUAGAUCAAUGAAGUCAAAAGGUGUAGAGCCACUAGAUUUGAAUCUCCACUUAUAAUUCUUCGGAAUGGGAGUGUGAUGUAAAAACUGGGGAAUAUAGGUUAAUUUUUUGGUAGACAUACAAAUUGUACUGUAAUUUUAAGCUUGAGAUCCCAUUGAAAAUUUGCUAUCAAAUAUCAAAAGUCAUAGAGUUAAAAAAGACAUGGUAAUGCUUUUUUUAUUUAUUUUUUAUUAUUUUUUUUUUUUUUACACAGCACGGAAAAAUCUUGUAUAUUUUUUUAAUAAUAAUUUUUGGCUCUUCAAAUUUCUUUCACUGUCUAUAUAUAUAUAUUCAUAUAAUCUAGUUACAUAUAACCAAUAUGAGUACAAGUGUCCUUAGUUUUAUUUGAUAUAAAAGUUCAAGUAUUUUGAAUAAAUGAGCUUAUUUUGGAGUGUUCAUUAAAGUGUAUUACUGCUUAGUAAUAAUAUUACCUUUAUAAUAUAAUCAGAUAAUAGUUCAACAGAAUCUCCUAUUCAGUGUCACUUAUAUUUCUAUGAACCCAUAUUUUAUUAAAGUGGUACAUGUCAUUUAUUGUGUAAUAUCAUAGAUUGUAAGUAUUUGCUUUUGGCCAUCUUGCGAAAUACUUUGUCCUAUAGAAUAUUGGUGUAAACACAACAAAUAUUUCAUAAUCUUUAUUAGUUGACAUUUAGAACUUAGUGCAGAUGGAUGUAUAGUAUUGAGUGAUCUACCUCUCUUAUUUUGAAAAUUUUACUUGCAAGAUAACAUCUAUUCAUAUGUACAGUUUAAAAAGUAUAAAGUAUUAUUUAAAAAAUGUAAAGAUAUCUAUUCUACAGCCAUUUGUAUACAUUCUUCCUGUAUUUUUUAAAUCAUUUUACAUGAAAAGUCAGAUGGGUUAAAUAAGAGCAGUUUCAGCUAUAUUCUGCCAAACUAAAUUUUCCUCCAUACCGGUGAUAUGUUACACAAGAUGGCAGAAUGUAUAUAAAUUCAGAAAACUAUAAUCUAGGUUAUUUGCAGUAAUCUGAUAAACAUUUUAGUAAUAAAGGUUGGAAAAUAUUA